AUGGCCGCUUGCUCACCUUGGUUCUCGGCCUCAAGAGGUCAUUGUCUUCUUGCAGCGCGCAGAACAUUCGCAUUCCCUACAGCAUUUCCAUGUGUUCCUCCAAAACAAUGGCGGCGGUCCCUGCAAACCUCAGCGCCAACUACCAAAGCCCGCAUUCCUGACUUCGCAUUUGCAUUCGACAUCGACGGCGUCCUCCUCCGCUCUUCCGCCGCCCUCCCCGGCGCCACCAAAACCCUCCGCUAUCUCCAAUCUGAAGGCAUUCCCUUCAUCCUCCUCACCAAUGGCGGCGGCAAGUCCGAAGCAGAGCGCGUGGCCGAUCUUCAGGACAAACUCGACGUCCCGCUCUCGACUGACAUGUUCAUUCAAUCACACACUCCGUUCGCCGACAUGGACCACCAUCAUGGAAAGACGGUCCUCGUCUGCGGAGGAGACUAMGACAAAUGCCAUAAGGUCGCCGAAGGAUAUGGUUUUGAAAGUGUGGUAACGCCUGGAGAUAUCGUCACCGCAUACCCGGAUAUCUGGCCAUUCGCAAAGGUCUUCAAGGAGUACUAUGCGGGGUUCGCCAAGAACUUGCCUGGACCGAUUGCAACAAGCCUCGAUGACUUGAAGGAGAGGCUGAAGAUCGAUGCCAUCUUCGUAUACAAUGAUCCUAGAGAUUGGGGUUUGGAUGCGACUAUCAUCUUGGACACAUUACUUUCGCAUCAGGGAUACCUGGGGACCAUGUCACCUAAGAACGGAGACCAGAGUCUGCCGAACAAUGGGUACUUGCAGGAUGGACAACCGCCGCUUUACUACAGUAAUCCGGAUCUUUGGUGGGCGGCUUCUUACCAUCUUUCUCGACUUGGCCAGGGAGGUUUUGCGGCUGCCUUCGAUGGUUUGUGGAAGGAGUCCACUGGUGGGGCAAAGCUUUUGGGAAAACAGUUCUUUGGCAAACCUCAUCAGGGUACCUACGAGUUUGCUGAGCGCACUCUAUUACGGCAUCGCAAGGCGCUCUUUGGGCAAGUUGGACUGAACGAUCCGUUGAAGAAGGUGUACAUGGUCGGCGACAACCCAGAGAGCGAUAUCGCUGGCGCCAACAACUUCAAGUCGACCCAUGGAUGCAAGUGGACGAGCAUCCUGCUCAAGACGGGUGUGUAUCAAGAAGGAACAGAGCCAAGCCAUAAGCCGGACGUUAUCGUGCAAGGCGUGGCGGAUGCCGUGCAGUGGGCUGUGGAGGAUGCAAAGAAGGGCAUGUAA